CAGCCCAAAGUAAAAAACAAAAAACAAAAAAAAAAAAAACAACAAAACAAAAACACCACAAUGUCGCCGCCGUCUCGACGGCUUCAGACGAAGCCAGUGAUUACCUGCCUGAAGACUUUCCUCAUCUCCUACAGCCUCAUAUUCUGGUUCACAGGCGUGAUCCUGCUGGCAGUCGGGGUGUGGGGGAAGGUGAGCCUGGAGGCCUACUUGUCCCUGGCUUCUGAGGAGAGCACCAAUGCACCAUAUGUCCUCAUUGGGACCGGAGCCACCAUUGUUAUUUUCGGACUGUUCGGUUGCUUCGCUACAUGCCGCGGCAGCCCAUGGAUGCUCAAACUGUAUGCCAUGUUUUUGACCGUGGUGUUCCUGGCUGAGCUUGUGGCAGGCAUCUCAGGCUUUAUCUUCAGACACGAGAUCAAAGCCAAAUUAGGCAGUGGCUUUAAAAACGCUGUGAAGUCCUACAAUAGCACCAGCAGCAGCAGCACUGCAGUUGACGCCAUCCAGAGGACUUUGCAAUGCUGCGGGGUGAAAAAUUACACUGACUGGAGCAGCACGGCUUACUUCAAAGAGAAGGGGAUCCCUGCCAGCUGCUGUAAAGACAACACCAAGUGCUCACCGGAGACCCUGAAGGACCUCGACAAGGCUGCGAAAGAGGUGUACACGACGGGCUGCUUUGCAUUGGUGACCCAUGUGAUGGAGGCCAACCUGGGCAUCAUCGCAGGGAUCUCCUUUGGGAUUGCAUUCUUCCAGCUCAUUGGAAUAUUCCUGGCCUGCUGCUUGUCUCGAUACAUCACCAACAAUCAGUAUGAGAUGGUCUAACAGUGACCUCCCACAGGUUACUGAUGGGCAGCUCCUGACAAAAACUGAGUUAAAUGAUACUCCUGUGAUUUUAACAUUGUGUUUGUAUGCGUGUUAGUUAUUACCAUUUUAGAGAGGGGGAAAAAAAACCCACUGCUGCUUCUUUUAUUCAGUCUCACCAAUGACAAACAAGCAGAAGGGAAUCACGAAAAAGGAAAAUCAAAAAGGGACAAUACCCGCAGAGUAGUUUGACCUAAAGAAACAUUUUCAGAGAUCAGUGUUACUCCGGGGAUUUAAUUGGGGAAUUUCCAUCAAACAUAGAUGUCAUUACAUAGGUGUUGCUUUCUCAUUUGACUCUACCAGUUUCUUGUGUCUUUGUAUAAUGCAGUUGCCUUAUUUUGUAAUUUAGCCAUAAAUAGUCUGUAGCAGAUGAAAUCUAGACAAUAAGCUGAUAAAUGUUCAUCUUCUCUGCAACACUAAGUGAAUUUCCGUGUGUGAAACCUAUUUAACCGGAGAGAUGGAAACAAGAGGUCGCCACCCUGAAAUCAAGUACGUGUGAUUUACGGAAAGGACUUCGGAGUUGUGUGGAAGAGGAGCCUCGUUAAUGAUCGUGUAGGCCAGUAUUGUUGAAAGCCUGUGUUCGUGUGUGCCAAUUACAGCUGCCUAGCCACCUUCAUAUCACAGUCUCCAGUGUUAAAUUGUUACUCUUUUGUGGAUGCAUGUGAAAUACUUGAAAAAAAAUAAAGAUGAAAUCCAGUAUCUUUA